AUUCAACUCAUUUAACUUUUCAUACAAUUUCUCCUUUUUCUUGGGAACUUUAAUACUUGGAUUGUUGCACCGGGUUCAUGAAGUACUCCAAAUCCAUACGUCAGAACUUCUGGUGACACCAGUUGAUCAUAUUGCCAUAUAUUUUGAAUUAGGGUUUUGAUCAUUUUUGGGGUGCACCAAAGAACAAUAUUAACUACGCGUCCUAACUCGAAAAAAAAAAAUUAUAUAAAAUUCUUUUGUUUUAGAUACACUGAAAUUAAUUUUUAUUGCUAAAAGAGCUUUUAUUACUUAGAAUGAGUGAUGAAUUAUUAAGAAUAAAAAAUGAUAAAGGACAAAUAAUUGUUGGCAUACUUGAACGUAAAUUACCAAAAGAAAGUACAAGAGGUACAAAAAUUGGAAUAAUGUGUCAUGGCGUUCAAGCACAUAAAAACUUUAGUUUUCAACCAAAAUUAGCAAAAGAACUGCCAUUCGAUACAUUUCGUUUUGAUUUUAGAGGUUAUGGAGAAAGUGAUUUUAUUUCUAUAGAUUAUGGUAGUUGUGAGAAUGAAAUUAACGACAUUGAUACAGUGGUGGAAUAUUUAGAAAGGGAAUAUGGAUAUCAAUUAUAUGCCAUAAUAAGUCAUUCCAUGGGGAAUCUUCCGUCAUAUCAUUAUGUUACAAGAAUAAGGAGGAAUAUACCGCAUUUAGUUGCAAUUUCAGCAAGAUAUCAUUUUAGUAAUUUAUUACGAAAUUAUCCAAAAGAAUUUUUGAAAAAAUUUAAAAGUGAAGGUUUUAAAGUUGAUGAAUACAAGUUUUAUGGAGAAAUUAAAAGAGUUAUGACUACUUAUGAGAGCUUUUCAAAUUUUGUUUCAAUUGAUAUGUCUUUUGUACGUGAACUUCCGGAAUCUACUUCAGUAUUAAUACUUCAUGGGACAAAUGAUGAGUACACAACACCAAAUGAUGCGGCAGAAUUCUCCAACGUAGUUCCAAAUAAUACACUAAAAGUCAUCAUUGGCGCAAACCAUUCUUAUAGUGAUCACCAUAAUGAAUUAGUUUCUGCAAUAAGAGAAUAUUUUUCGGAUGAAUUUCAAUCUACGAGAUUUUUUGAGAAAAAUAAAUUUAUGAGUAGUAUACCAAGAUAUUUGAAUGUUGAAGGUGUUACAAAUUUUAGAGAUUUGGGUGGUUAUCCUAAUGUGACGAGAAAAUAUGUUCGUAAAAGAUUUAUUUUUAGAAGUGGGAAUUUAAAUGGAAUUACUGAAAAUGGGAUUAAAACUUUAAAUUUGCUUAACAUACAAAAUGUAUUUGAUUUUCGAUCAACUCCUGAAGUUCAAGACAUUGGAUUCGUAAAUAUACCAGGAAUAAGUAGAAUUCAUAUUUCAAUAUUUAAAGAUGCUGACCACUCAAAAGAAGCGUUAUUCAAAAAAUGGUCAUCAUAUAUUCAAGACUACGAAGGUUCAUCUAAUGUGUGCAUGAUUAUAUUAGAUGAAGGUAGACCAGCUUAUAAAGUAGUAUUUCGACAUAUAUUAAAUUAUCCCAAUAGACCAUUUAUCAUUCAUGGUGCAAUGGGUAAAGAUAGAACUGGUGUAUUAUGUAUGUUAGUAUUAAAAUUAUGUGGUGUUAGCGAUGAUAUUAUUGCUAGAGAAUAUGAAAUAACUAAUAGAAAUAUUCAAUAUAAUGAAGAUAUUAUUAAAACCUAUUACGACUUAUGUAAAGGUCAUUUUACUAUGGAUGAAAUUAGAAAAAUAAUGAAUGCAAAAUACGAAUCAAUGAUAUUAACAUUACAUAAAUUUAGUGAUAUAUAUGGAACUGUAGACAAUUAUCUAAAUGAAUAUCUUGGAUUCACUCAACGAGAAAUUGAUCAAAUUAAAAAUAAUUUAAUGGCAGACCAUGCUGAAAAUAUCGAUAAUUAUAAGAGAGAUAAUGAAUUAUUACAUUUAAAAUCUGCCUUAUAAGUAAUUAUUAUCAACAUUAUUAUUAUUCACCUUUUUUUUUACUUUUCCUUUACUUUCUACGUUAGCCUCAUCACACAAAAUAUUUCACAUGAUCUCAACAUAUUAAUAG